AUGAGUACUGAAAGCUGCAACUCCAAGGAUUCCGGCUCGGUGAACACAGAUCUAUCGGUCCACAGCAACAAAAGCCUACUAACAAAGCAGGCAAGAAGACCUUCGUCUUCUGUGGAGGAGCCCCCAUCAAAAAUUUCAAAAGGGCUUUUACCUCUAGUGGACGAACAUGGAUUCAAGAGAAGGCAGGUUUACGUCGAUGCCGAGAACAUGUCAGCAUACCAGCGGAUGGGAGGUGACGAGAACAAGAAGAACUUGAAGGGAUAUCCAAAGCAUCGCACUAUGAGGGAAGAGGACGAGGAUACCAAUUAUAUCAUUGAUGGUCCACUCAGAAGACUUGAGCCUUACUACUUCACGUACAUGACCCACUGCAAGGAGCGGUGGAUCGGCAGAAAGAUUCUUGAUGUUUUCAGCACGGAGUUCCGGCUAUACCCACGCUCGUACUACGUGAAUGCGUUGAACGAGGGCAGAGUUUCCAUAAAUAACGAGGUGGCCAGCAUUGACAGUGUUUUGCACAAUGGCGACCUCAUUUCGCACCGGAUGCACCGCCACGAGCCACCAGUGACCUCGCAGCCAAUCAAAGUGAUCCACGAGGACAAGAAUUACGUUGUGAUCGACAAGCCGUCGGGAAUUCCGGUGCAUCCAACUGGCAGAUACAGACACAACACGGUCACUUUCGUGUUGCAGAAGGAGCACGGCAUCAAGGCACAUCCUUGCAACCGGUUAGAUCGCUUGACGAGCGGUCUAAUGCUUCUGGGAAAGAACGGCAAGGCUGCAGACAGGAUGUCGCGAAUUCUGAGAGAAAGACGUGUUUCCAAGGAGUAUAUUGCGAAGGUGAUUGGUGAAUUCCCUGCUACCGAGGAGGGGAUCGUGGUGGACAAGCCGCUUGCAACGAUCGACCCAAGGCUGGCCUUCAAUGCGGUCGAUGAGGAGCACGGGAAACCCGCAAAAACGUACUUUAAGCGGAUUUCUUGCGACGGUGAGACAAGCAUUGUGUUAUGUAAGCCUCUCACGGGCAGAACACACCAGAUCAGGGUCCAUCUCCAGUACUUGGGCCAUCCAAUUGCAAACGAUCCACUGUACUCGAGUCCGCUAAUCUGGGGGGAGAACUUGGGCAAGGAUGCGAAGUUCGACUUGAAGGACGUGACAGAGAAGUUGUCGCAGGUGGGGAAGACACGCCCCGCCUCGAGUUGGCUGCACCAAAAAGACGAUGGUGAAGUUCUCAGCGACGAGAAAUGCACUGUGUGCCAAGGUGAGCUGUACAAGGACCCGGGCCCCAAUGAUCUCGAGCUUUAUCUACAUGCUUACCGGUACUCGUCGAGGGAUGAAGGCAGUGCACCGGUUGAGGAGCGGUUCAAGGCUGAGCAGCAGCCGAAAAACAGGUCGAAGCAGCAGGACCGGGGCACGGAUGUCAAGCCAAUUGAGCCCUGGUGCUACCAGACGGAGUUCCCCGAGUGGGCUCUAACUACAGAGAGGAAGUUUAUGAGGAUGGCAUUGGAUGAGGCCAAAAAAUGCGUGCCAACCUCAACGGCAUUCUGUGUUGGUGCAGUGUUGGUGAGCGAGGGGAAAGUGCUCUCUACGGGAUAUUCGAGGGAGCUAGAGGGAAAUACUCAUGCCGAGCAGAAUGCCCUGCAGAAGUACUUUGAGAAAACUGGCAAAAAUGACGUUCCUCCAGGUACAGAGCUUUACACUACAAUGGAACCAUGCAGCAAGCGGCUAAGUGGAAACUUGCCGUGCCUGAACCGGAUAUUGGCGCUUAAGAACCACAUUACAACUUGUUUUGUUGGUGUCAUGGAGCCAUCCACGUUUGUUGCGAAAAACGUCUCUUACGAUAAAUUGACACACGGCGGUAUAAGCUAUAUUAAGGUUCCUGGCUUUGAAAGGGAAGCUCUCGAAGUUGCCAAGAGGGGCCACUCGGUUGCUGCUAAUUGA